AUGCUUAUGCUAAAGUAUCUAGGCUCGACGGGAGUUGAUAUCUCCUGCCGCAAUACCAAACAAACGGUCAGCUCUAUAUUGACACGCACAAACUUUGUCACACUCAAAUAUGUCACCGACAAUUGGGGUACAGAUGCGAAUGGUUUCAAGCUGGUCAUAACAUCGGUGAAGGAUCCAAAACACACCUGCAAUGAUUUCACCUGUGCAGCGCGUGAGUUUUGCAUAAGUCCGGAUUUACUCUGCGAUGGCAUUAAUCAUUGUGGUGACAAUUCUGAUGAAUCGGUGUGCCAAAGCGAAACAGCUGCUACGGUCUUCGGUGUCGACAUGACCUGGUUCGUGCUGAUCGUGGUUGGAAUAGUGCUGGUCUUAAGCGCCGUUAUUGUCGGUAUUUCGAUAUGCGUUUGCAGACGGCAGGAAGAGUCAAAUCUCAACCAGAAUACCGCAAUACAAAUGCAUCACACCGCCGAAACGAAUGGCUCAUCGAAGCAUUUACAUUAUCAUCAUGGCGGCACAUUGUCGCGCGAACACACACAACUGCCCCCGACGUCGGGAAACUGGCAUCACCCUGCGGGACCUUACGGGUACCACCGCAUUCUACGCAACUUAUCGAAGAUGGCCACCAAAGUCCGUCCCAUUUGGUGCUUAGCAAAUUCCGUCAAUUAGGUCAAGAUCUUUCACAUACAAAUCCGGCCGCUGCCGCCGCCGCCGCUACGGCGGGACUCAAUCAAACGAACAUUUCAGUAGCUAAUCAAAAUGCCGCCGCCGCCGCAGCGGCUGCUGCAGCUGUUGGUGCUGCACAGAAGGAUGAAUGGUUCGUUUAGGUAGAGACCGAGGUUCGAGGCUGAGCAAAAGCUUAAGUGAAGGGAUCAAUUAGACUACAGGAAAAUGUUUUACUUAACAAUUUUUUAAUUGAAACAAGGAUUUUGCAUGGCAUUAAAUGAAGACUGUACAAAAUUUAACAACAACAAAUUUAGUGGACAUCUACGCGCAGGGUGAUCGUUAAGAGAUUUAUAGUACCCAAAUCUCUUGGCGUUGAGCACGAAAAUUCUCAGCAUGUAUUUUGCAAAAGCAUGACAGAAUUUUUUUUGUCGGAUAAUCAACGCAACUUGUAUAUAAAUUAUAAAUAAAUAAUUAAUUUAAUUUAAUGUA